AUGUCCACCCACAACAUCUCCGACGCCGACUUGACUCGACUCCUUCAACAGCGACUUGGAGGAGAUCGUCAGCUAGUCGAUCAGUGGGUCCAGCAAAUUGUAGCUCCUCUUCCUCCCAUGCCUGGUCGACCCGCCAUGGCUUCGAUUGAGCAACCUAGAGCUUCUACAGAACAACCUAGGGCUCCUUAUGCUCCCGUUACCCCUAUAGACCAGGUCGAUCUAUCGGCUUCAAACAACGCCGGUCUCAGGCCCUCGCAGAGCGCUGUUGCGAUUGAACGACAACAUACAGGAUACCCUCACCCGAGUCAAAUGAUCACAACCUUCCCCCCGCCCAAUCCCCCUAGCGGAUCAGCUACUGGCUCUACUCAACGGUUCCGGAAUGGAAGUUUCCAGAUGGCUACGGCUCGGGGCCUUCAGAAAAAGGCUACGGUAGCCCAAGCUAAGCCUUACCUCAUUGGCAAGACUUACAAUCGGGUUACCUAUAUUGGCUGUGGGUCUAUCCUUCGCAGGGAGGUCAUGUUAUGGAACAAGGCAAAGCCGAAGGCCGGCGCUAUGUUUGCCGAGGCCACAGAGACGACUGGGUACAGUCAGUUAAUCGACCUGACACCCGACAUGAACCCUACCGACAUUGCGAAGACUGUGUUGGACAAGUUUAGGGCCAAACAUGGGUCUCGCUUCCUUAUCAAACCCUUUUUAUGGGCCAAACUGGGUCAGGGCACGACUCGUUUCCACCCCGAGACGCUUGGACGGGCCUAUGAAUUCACGCUUAAGGAUUUACAGAAGAUGUAUCACAACUCUUCGUCAAUGUACAUCAUCGAGGAAGGGUGGGAGUUCCCUGCAAACGACUCUCCCGGUUGGAGAUACCAGAUCACAGCCGCUCAUAAGCAGGAAGGCGACAUGUGGGAAGAGGAUUUAGACAGCGACGACUCCGAUCAUCGCAAUGCGUUGAGGCCUUGCUCAGGGUGUAGGCGUAAAUACCCUUCGAUACAGCUACCUGUCCAUCAGCGCAAUUGUGUGCCCUUUCGUGAGCAGGAAGAGGGGGAAGAGGACAACAAGGCCAAAACAAGUCGAAAAAAGUCCAACUUGGCUCUCAACGGAAAGGUCAAAGCCGAACCUGGUCUCAAGCUUGAGCCGACUAGCCCAUCUUACACUCGUCCCCGUCCCCGGCCAAAACAGAAGUGGAAGGGUAAGGGGAAGCAAAGGGCUACCUCUGUAUCCUCCUCAGGAAUCUCUAUCGUGAGCGUGAUCGAUUCAGAUGAUGAGCAGUCUGCUCCUGCUUUGGGAAAACUCCUCUCGAAAGUCGCCCAACAUCCAGCGUUCGGCGCACGAUGGCUGUCGAAUCAGAAACAACGGCUUAGGUCUCACCUUGACUUGGCCAACUCGUUAGGUGGGGUCGAUAGCAGUAACCCAACCUCAACUGGACGAGCCGAGUCUUCUUACGACCAGACUGAGUCAGGUUCGGGCGCAGGCCCCUUCGACGGCACCGAAUCGUUCUCGUUUGAACGCUCGGCUGGAGAUCAGCAAUUGCUGGAGAGCAUGGGACUCCCGCAGGUCGACGAGCAUAGUCAGACUAGCGACCAUUUCCUUGAUGAGCUGGACCCCAACUUCCCGUUCCAGUACCUCGACAUGGACGCACAGGGCGCAGUCGAAGCAACCCAGGAUGGCAAUCAGAGGACUUCAAUGGAACCAGGAAAUGUUUCGCAUGAGAUUGGUCCAGCAAACGUGGACAACACCGCCUGUCCUGCUGAAGAGACUGUAUCUUCUACAGCGUCAAAGGAACUUGACCCUUCCACCUCGACUGCUGCUGCUGCCACUUCUACCUUGCAGCAAAGGUCCGGAGGCGGACGCAAGAGGAAGCACGAGGCAAUGAGCUCUGCAGAUCUUCCCGAGAGCUCAGCAGCCGCAAGGACACGUGCUGCAAAGGCUUUGGAGCAACAACAAGCAGUGGGCAAAGGGCAACGAAGGAAAAGGCUGCCGGCCAAGCUUCAAUAG